AUGUUUUAUAAACUCCUUGUUUCAAUAUCAGUGAUAAUUAUUGUGAAUGCUGAAUCAGAUCCUGAAUACGAAAUAUGGUUGAAUGGUCGUAAUAUUACUGCAACCUCAAACUCUUCAGAAGAAAUGUGUGUGGCUGAUACAAUCAAAAUCACCAAGAAAAUGGAAGAAUUGGAUUUGGCCGAUUUACAAUGUGCUCAAGAAUUAGAGACUUUAAUUGCUGACAAUAUUGGACUUAAGUUAAUAAAAAAUGGUACUUUGAAGUAUUUGCCAGCAUCAGUGAGGAAUUUAACCAUAGUAAGAAAUAAUUUGAACAAAAUUCCUGCAAAUGUUUUUAACAAUUCAACUAUGGAAAAUUUAAAUUUAACUUCAAACAAAAUCGUGACAAUUUCUCCAGAAGCUUUUGACUACAUGAAAAAUUUGACUUCAAUAAUUUUAGAUAAAAAUGAGCUCGCAGUUUAUAACUUGACUUUCCAAGAAUGUCCAAAAUUAAAAUUGAUUUCUAUAAGAUAUAACUUUAUCAAGCAACUGUCUGAUGGUAUUUUGAAACAGCUCAAACACAACGUCUUGAGCAUUUAUUUAAGUUUCAAUAACAUACAAAGUAUUCAUAAAAAUGCUUUGGAUAUUAAACAAUUCCACGAAGUUCACUUGGAGCACAACGAACUAGCUAAUGCUCAAUUGCUAAUUAAACUUGUUAAAGCCGAAUUUGUUGAUUUGAGCGAUAAUAAAAUCACUUGUUUACCAAAAGAGUUUAUGGAAAACGGACUGAGUAAAAUAAGAUUGUUAAAUUUAACCGACAAUCCCUUGGAUUGCAAAUGUUUGGAAGACUUAAAAAGAAAAGUGCGUAAGAAUAUUGAAUUUCAAAAAAUGUCACCUUUAGUGCAGAAUAUUAAUAUUCUUUUGCCGAAAUCUGAUAUGAAUUGUACUAAUGUUAAUUCUAAAAAAGAAUCUUGA